GGGUGUCCCGGGCGCCCGGUUUCUUUCCUGGGCGCCUCCGGGGCCCAGGGCCAGCCGGAGCCCUCGUGUGCGCAGGCCCGGGGCCGGCGACGGUUGCUCCUUCCGUUCGGCCGCCAGCCCAAUGGAAGAGCCUCCCGGGAAGCCCCUCAGCUGUGAGGAGAAGGAAAAGUUGAAGGAAAAAUUAGCAUUCUUGAAAAGGGAAUACAGCAAGACACUGGCCCGCCUUCAGCGUGCCCAAAGAGCUGAGAAGGUUAAGAAUUCUAUUAAAAAAACAGUGGAAGAACAUGAAUGCUUGCUCCAGCGGGAAAUUUCACCACAGCUAAACCACUCAGAACCUAAAAAUAAAGUAUCUCCUUGUGACACAUUACAAAUCAGCACCCAUCUGGAUAAAGAAACUGGAGAAAAGACACCUAUCACACUUGACAUUGAGCCUGAGUCCUUUAACCCUGGACAUGGCCCUGUGGAGGAAUUACAUAUACAAAGAACAGGUGAUAUCCAAGAACAUUUUCCCUACCAGGUCAGUGGCUCUGAGAAAAGGCAGGGUAAGCUGCCAGGGAGAAGAAAAAAGCAGCAGAAGAGAACAUACACUGCACAGGUGAGAGAAUCUUUCUUUGACACGGAUUCACUCAUACUCUCUGGAAAAAGACUAAAGGAACCGGAGGAAAUCAAUGGAGAAAAUCCUAGGACACCUGUAAAUGAAAGAACUUAUUUUUCAAGUUCUACAUCUGACAUCCCUGGUUCUCCAGCACCAGUGACAGAAACUAAUGCAAGAGAUGUGUUAAUUCCACCAACUGCCAAACCACAAAGAGGUGUCGAUGCACUUGUAAGAGGAAAGAAUUUCCCCAGGAUGCCUACGCUUGCUUCAUUUACUCUGUCAAAUAGCAGUAGUGGUCCGCACCUUGAACAUAAGCCUCCUAAAGGUGACUGUGAACUCACUACUCACAAUCUGAAAAACAUUAACCCUGCUUUACCUGUAAACCUAGAGGCACAAGGCAGAAAAAUGACAGUCUGUACAGAUAACCCAGAGGUAAACAAAGCUGUAAGUGCAAGUGACCAGCUGCCUAGAAGUCCUGACUUAGAGGCAGAUAAUUCAUACUCUAUAAAUAAACUCACUUAUGAUAACUUACCAGCCAAUGAAAACCAAAACUUAAAAGGACAGAAUCACACAGAGAAGUCUUUAACAUCUCCCCAUAACACUCUUGAUGGUAGAAAUGAAAGUCUUCAGGAAAAUGAGGUUGUAAGUCAGUCUAAGAGUCUUAGCCCAGAAGUAAUCUCUCCUGCUUCUGCAGAAAAUCAAACACAUUCUUGUACAAUGCUCGAAGGCCUUCUAUUUCCCGCAGAAUAUUAUGUUAGAACGACACGACGCAUGUCAAAUUGCCAGAGGAAAGUAGCCCUGGAGGCUGUAAUUCAAAGUCAUUUGGGUGUCAGAAAGAAAGGGUUUAAAAAUAAAAGUAAGGAAGCAACUAAAAAUUUGAACCUUUGCAGUGAAGAAACUGGCCAGAGUGAAAUUAGAACAUUUGGCACAUGCACAGGACAACCAAGUUCAAGAAGACCUCAGAAAGGUCUCUUGUUAACUGAAGUCAACUCUCCCACCGGGCCCACUAACGAUAACCUUCCCAGGAAGGCAGUUACCCAGCCAUCUGGUAGAAGACACGGAGGAAAAAGAAAGUCAAUCUCCCCGCCUGUACUGGAUCAUCAUGAACUACUUUUGCCAAUUCCUGGCACAGCAGCUGUUAAUAGAUCCAAGGAAGAAGUCACCUUACACAAAGAUCAGAAUGAAAAAGCAAUUAGUCAUGGUAAGAAGAGAAUUAAAGGGAAGGAAGACCAUUGUCAAAAAGAGGACUCCCUUCCUUCCAGAAAUAAUGCUUAUCUAGCUUUGGAUUCUGCUGCGUUCAGGGCUUCAUUUCAGGAGAAUGAAUUGCUAAGUUUAAAGCAACUGUCAUCUUUUCUCAAAACCACAGACUUUCAGUUACCUGAUGAAGUCUUUGGACCUCUUAAGCUUGAAAAACUGAAGUCCUGUUCAGAAAAACCAGUUGAGCCUUUUGUAUCAAGCAUGUAUGGGCAGAUGCACCUUAAGGAGGGAAACUGUAGCGUUUGGGAAGAACUGACUCCUCAACAAAUCGAUAUUGAAAUGGAGGACUUGGAAGAGGAAAUUCUUGUUCUCCCGGGAAAAGCACAACCUAAAACAUCAAACCUAACAAGCCAGUCUCAGAAGAAGGGCCUUCCUUCAUCCAUAUUACUUUUCACGCCUUUAAAUACUGGUGCGCCCGAGGAUAAUAACAGGCCCACAGCAGAUGUGUGCUCACCUGCUUUCCCCACCUUAGGCGCUACUCCGGCUUUUGGCUCUCAAGCACACUGUGAAAAAGUGUGUGCAGAGGCUGUCGGGCCAACUUGCUCUACACCCCAACUUCCUCACUUAAAAGACAGUGAUCGGAAACAACGCAACGGUUGGGCUAGCCCGUCAAAAUCAGAUUGCAGCCUUGUUGCGUCAGGGAGGGAAGGACAGCCUUCCUGUGACUGUGAUUCUGGCCCCCAGGCAACACCUCUUCCCCCUGAGUCAGUCCCUCUCAAAGACAGUCAGCUGUGUGGAAAUCCACACCCGGAGUCGUGGAAACAGUCCACCGAACAGACUGAAGUAACCGACCUUCCUGCUUAUGAUAGCUUAAACCCAGGCCACCUUCAAUUGGUUUCAAAGUUAAAGAAUCCUUCUGGUUCCUGUUCGGUGGAUGUGAGUGCCAUGUGGUGGGAAAUAGCAGGUUUCAAAGAGCCAUGUAUCAUAACUGCCUGUGAAUACGUAGUUUCUCUUUGGAAACUUCUCAAUACGUGGCAGUGGGAAAAACUUUAUUCCUGGCACUUCACAGAGGUUCCAGUAUUACAGAUAGUUCCAGUGCCUGAUGUUUGUAAUCUCGUGUGUGUGGCUUUGGGAAAUUUGGAAAUCAGAGAAAUCAGGGCAUUACUUUGUUCCUCUGAUGGUAAACGUGAAAAGCAAGUACUACUGAGUUCUGGAAAUAUAAAAGCUGUGCUUGGCCUGACAGAGAGGAGGCUAGUCAGUAGCAGUGGUACCCUUUGUGACCAACAAGUGGAAAUCAUGACAUUUGCAGAAGAUGGAGGAAGCAAAGAAAAACAAUUUUUGAUGUCCCCUGAAGAGACUGUAGUAACUUUUGCCGAGGUCCAAGGGAUGCAGGAAGCUCUGCUUGGUACCACUAUGAUGAACAACAUUGUUAUUUGGAAUUUAAAAACUGGACAGCUCCUGAAAAAGAUGCACAUUGGUGAUUCCUACCAAGCUUCAGUCUGUCACAAAGCCUAUUCUGAAAUGGGGCUCCUGUUUGUUGUUCUGAGCCAUCCUUGUGCCAAAGAGAGUGAACCGCUGGGAAGCCCUGUAUUUCAGCUGAUCGUGAUUAAUCCUAAGACAAGCCUGAGUGUGGGUGUGAUGCUCUACGGUCUUCCUCAAGGGCAGGCUGGAAGGUUCCUGGAAGGAGAUGUGAAAGAUCAUUUUGCGGUUGCAGUACUAACUUCUGGAACGAUUGCCAUUUGGGACUUACUUCUAGGUCAUUGUACUGCUCUCCUCCCACCUGUCUCUGACCAGCAUUGGUCUUUUGUUAAAUGGUCAGGUACAGAUUCUCAUUUGCUGGCUGGACAAAAAGAUGGAAAUAUAUUUGUAUACCGCUGCUAAUAAGAUGAAAACACAGUGUUCUGGAUUUUUUGACCAGUUAGUACUUUUUAGAGUUGUAACUGUAAAGAAUAUCUGGGUGACAUUUAAAAUAAUUACUUGUAUUCAUUCAGACACAUUUUUUAUUCUGAUGGUAGUGGCACCACUGAUCUUGAAUGUUCAUUUAGACUUACUUUGGGAGAAAGGAUUUUAGGUUGAUUUUUGUAAUUCCUCACGUCUGCACAUUUGCUUUUA